GAAUAUCUUCAUUCUUUACGUCAACCAUUUUUGUCGAGAAUAUUUUUUAAUAUGUCCUUGAAGGAAACAACACGAAAGAAUUAUAAAAAAAACUAUUCUAAUGGUAUCAUUGAUAUCGUACUCAGUACGAUGUGUAUACGAUAGAAGCAGCUGUUAAACCGGAACAAUGAUUGGUUCCGCUCCGUCCGUGGUGUCACUUUCCUCAUUCUCAUUGCACGUGUGUUUCAGAUAGCCUAAUACAUAUGUGCAUUACAUAUUAUCUUCGAUUCUCUAUCAUCACUACAGAAUAACAUUACAAAUAUUUUAGGAAAUAUUUGAUAAUUUUUCUGCAAUAGUUCGUUUUUAGAUACUAGAGAAAUGGCGUUUAUUGGAGAUGUUACUGCAGAUCAACUGAUAGCUAGUUCUAGUGUGCUGUCUAGACCCGCGGAGGAAUUUGGCAAUGAUCCUUCUGUGGAAACUAUGUGGGCAAUAAAAGCAAUGGAGCAUGCUGAGGUUUAUUUUAAUAUUUUAUGUUCAGUUGAUCCUAAGCUUCUAAAACUUACUCCCCAUGACGACCAAAUAUAUAAAACCUUUCGAGAUACUUAUCCCAAUCUGAAAGUAGACAAAUUAGAUGAGGAUGAAUUAAAGUCAGAAGAUGCAAAAACUGGAUGGAGACCAUUUUGUGAACAGUUCAAAGGGCUUGUGGAUGAUUACAGUUUUGGUACAUUGCUGAGGGCAGAUUGUGAAGGUGAUUACUCAGAAGCAAAUAGUAUACUCACAACUAGAAUACAAUUCUAUGCUAUUGAACUUGCCAGAAACAGAGAAGGACACAAUGAUGGUAUCAGGAAAAAAUACAAGCCUAAACAAAUUACAGAGAAGUCAUAGGUUUUAAUAAUUACGAUACUCCUAUAUUAUAUGUUAAAAAAUAAAUACUUGAAUAGUCUGUAAUUUUUCACCUACAGUUUUGUACAAUUUGCAACCAUGAAGUUAUAUGUUCUAAUAGAGUGUUAUUUAUACUGAACGAAAACGAAUAAACAAGUUUAAAAAAGGGUA